ACGCUGCCGUUCAGUUGGAGAUUCGGAGUCGAAGAUCAAGUAAGAAGAUAAAAAGGAGAGUUCUUUAUCUGAUUCGUCGGGAUGUCCCCGUUUGCUCUAGAUUGAUAAGCUUCGGGGAAUCGUGCCUGCCUGUGUGACCAAGUCGAUUCAUCAAUGGCUUUUCGGCCCCACAUUCCUUUGUGAUGCACUUCCCGUAUAGGUGCUCCAAAAGUCUAGACGAAAGUUACUACCUUUCUAUUUUUGAAGGGUUAGUUACUUGAGAGAAGGAGCCUUUAAGAGACAUUUGAUUCAUUAAUUAACUCAAAGUUAAACAUAACAAUGGCCUCUUAUACACAACUUAAUCUCUCUUUAGCUUCUAAUGAUUCCCAUUAAUAUAAACUACCUAACCAGCCAAAUACCGAUUAUUAUGGGUAGCUAGCGGCAAUCCUAGUUUGCUCCAAAGUGCCAAAUCAGGCAAUCCACAAUGUGAUAAGUUACAAGUCGGGGCCGAAGCCGGUUUCGGUCUGAAUAGGCCGACAAGGUGACGAGGGUAGCUCGGCUCAGCUAUAUCUAAGAAACCCCGGCCACAGCUGAAGGAUUCAUGUCUUCCCUACCAUCUACUUGGCGGAAAUAUUCGCUAAGUAAGACCUCGCGAUACUCAGAAAAUGGCCGAUUCUACCAAGACAUUGCGCAUCGGUGUCGAUGUCGGCGGCACCAACACCGACGGCGUCAUUCUCGACCCGUCCCGCGCUCUGGAGCCGGAUAAGGGUAUUAUUGCCUGGCAUAAGGCCCCGACGACGACGAAUCCGAGUCUUGGAAUUAAUGAUGCUAUAACAACUAUGUUUAAGGCCUCUAAUGUUAAUCCCGACAGAGUCGCUAGCGUCACUAUUGGAACAACUCACUUCGUCAAUGCUGUCGUUGAGAGGGAUACCGCACGAUUGACCCAAGUCGCAGUACUGCGACUUUGUGGUCCGUUCUCAAAACAUGCUCCGCCGUGCGUCGAUUGGCCGGAUGACAUGCGUGAACUCAUCCUCGGCUACUAUGCGCUCCUAAAAGGUGGUUUAGAAGUUGACGGAUAUCUCAUCUCAGAUAUUGACGAGGACGAGAUUAAAAAGCAAUGUGCUAUUAUCCGCGAGAAGGGCAUCAAGAGCGUAGUCGUGAAUGGGGUCUUCAGCCCCAUUGACACCAUUGAGCAACAAGAGGAGCGUGCAGCCGCCAUUGUCCGUGCCGAAAUUCCUGGUUGCGAUGUGGUAUGCUCUAAAGAGGUCGCCAAUUUAGGAUUUCUAGAACGCGAGAAUGCUGCUAUUCUAAAUGCUUCGAUCCUCGCAUUCGCUCGUAAAACGAUUCGCUCAUUUCAAGAACCAAUCAAGCGCCUAGGGCUUGAUUGCCCAGUUUUCAUCACGCAAAAUGACGGCACGAUCCUAUCUGGCGAUAUGGCGGCGAGAUUACCCAUUAGAACUUUCUCUAGUGGUCCGACGAAUAGUAUGCGCGGUGCUGCUUUCCUGGUGCAAAAUGAGCUGGACGAAGCAAUGAUGGUGGUUGAUAUUGGUGGUACGACUACGGAUGUAGGGCUUUUACUUGCGAAUGGCUUCCCUCGCCAACAAGCAGCAUACAGUGACCUAGCAGGCGUUCGUAUGAAUUUUUCAUGUCCGGAUGUCAAAAGCAUUGGCCUUGGCGGUGGCUCGAUCGUUCGAAAUGGCGAGACACUCACUGUAGGACCGGAUAGCGUUGGCUAUAAGAUCACGGAAGAAGCCCUAGUUUUUGGCGGCAAGGUUCUUACUACUACCGAUUGCACCGUACUAGCGGACAGUACAGUCGAAAUUGGGACCAGGGAACUGGCGAAAGACGCCUUGGACAAUGAAGGGAUCGCAAAGUUCAAGGCUGCCGUUAAACAUAAACUCGAGAAAAUCAUUGAUACGAUGAAGACUUCACCAGAGGAUCUUCCCGUGCUCCUCGUGGGAGGCGGUGCAGUAAUAGCACCCAACGAACUAAAGGGAGCAAGCAUGGUACUUAAACCGAAGUGGUCGGGAGUUGCCAACGCUAUCGGAGCUGCAAUCGCAAGAGUUAGCGCCGUUGUCGAUACGGUGAAGUCUACAGAGUCCAAGCCAACACAGCAGAUUCUAGAAGAAAUAUGUCAAGAUGCUAUUGAUCGAGCCGUAACAAACGGGGCAUCCAGGUCAACAGCUAAAAUUGUCGAAAUGGACACUCUACCUCUACCAUAUAUCGCAAAUAAGUCACGUUUCACUGUUAGAGCAGCAGGAGAUCUUGACUACUCGCGCACAGACUUUGGGACUCUCCAUUUUGAAGACACAUCUACGGAAACGGACGUUCAAAUGGAUGAAUACGAAAAAGCUGCAAAGAAUUCAGAGAAAAAGACAAAACCGGAGGCUGAGGAGGAUAUCGAUAUUGAAAAUUACGAGCCUACAGUUAAGAAUCGUGUUUGGUACAUAAACGAGACGGACCUCGAUUGGAUUACGAUCGGCUGCUAUAUUCUUGGUACUGGUGGUGGCGGUAGCCCCUAUGCGUCUAUGAUUCGUCUACGACAAAUGCUGCGCAGAGGCGAUGUGGUUCGUGUGGUGAGCCCAGAUGAUCUACCGGAUGAUGCAGCUAUAGCGACUGGAGGCCACGCUGGCUCGCCCACUGUUGGUAUAGAAAAGCUAGCUGGUGACGAAAUGACCGAGGCCCAGGAAGAGUUAUAUAAAAUCUGCGAUAGCCAACCGUCGCAUAUAAUUACGGUGGAAAUCGGUGGUGGCAAUGGCCUGCAGAGUAUGAUCGUUGGUGCAAGUACGAAUAUGAACUUGCCCGCCGUAGAUGGCGAUUGGAUGGGUAGAGCGUAUCCUACCAAGUGGCAGACUACGCCGGUUGUCUUUAACGAAAGAUCGCUGAUCUGGUCGCCCGUCGCAAUGACUGACGGCAACGGAAAUGUCGUGCUGGUGCCGAAAGCUACGUCAGACCUUCAGGUCGAGCGCAUACUUCGUGCGGCGUUGAGUCAAAUGGGCUCAGGCGUAGGUGUUGCUGACCCGCCCGUAACUGGUUCGGAGUGUAAGCGGUGGGCCGUCGAGCAUACUAUCUCGCAAUCAUGGCGUAUCGGGCGAGCGGUCGUGAAUGCGCGAAAAUCUAAUCGAGUGGAUAAUGUGGCUGAGACUAUCCUCGCAGAAUGCGGUGGACCUGAAGCAGGCCAGGUCUUAUGGAAGGGGAAAAUAGUAGGUGUGGAACGCACAUUACGCAUGGGUCACAUCUACGGAGAAUGUAUCAUCGAGGGCGCGGACGUGGUCGAUGAGGAGAACGCUACGAAGACCGGAUCCGCGGAGAGCAAGUCGCAAUUUCAAGGCAAGAUCAAGAUUCCGUUUAAGAACGAGAAUAUUGCUGCUAUCAAGAUCUCACGAUCGGUUGUGGAUGGAAAAGUCGUCGAGACCGAGGACGAGGUACUAGGCCUAGUACCCGAUCUAAUCUCGGUGAUCGACGCACAAAAUGGCGAAGCCAUAGGUACUCCUGAGUAUCGGUACGGCCUUCUGGUUAUCGUCCUCGGCAUAACGGCGAGUGAGCGGUGGACAUCAGAAAGGGGUAUUGAGAUAGGGGGACCGAAGGCCUUCGGUAUGGAUCAUCUGACGUACAAGCCCUUAGGCAAGUUCAUCAAACCUAGGAGUGUGAUCGAUGAAUUUGAUGUUAGCGAGGAAAAUACCGAAGAAGGUACCUCUGAUCAAGUUUCCGGGAAUGUUCCUCAGAAGGGUUUCCGUGGCCUAGUUCGGCGUCUUACUUCAAGUGGUAAGAAACUGAUAUAGUAUCAGUUGCGCAUCAUUGUAUAAACCAACACCCAAAUAGAAGGAGUUUUAUAAAUGUGAAAAAAAUAGUAAAAUUCUGGCUAU